GUCAUGCUGAAGCAUCUGAAUCUGUCGUAAGCAUAAUGUCAAAAGUGUUAAUGGGGCUAUUUUUGUGUGUAUGUGUAAUGCAUAAAGCGCUAUGUUUAACUUGUUAUACGGUAAACUUUACCAGUUGGCUGAGUGGGAACGUGCACAGAUUGAAACAUAAACUGCAAGAGUGUAGUGACUAUAUCAACGAAGUUAGUAGUGUUCAGGGGCCGACAAUUACAGGAAAGUUACAGUGUUUUACCAUUACUUCAGAUUAUCUGGAUGUCGUCCUUAAAGGCUGCGUUCCCGAGGGUCACUGCGACAGCAUGAUCAAAGCUUUUCAACAAAUGAUAGAAAAAAGCGAAGAAGCUUCCAUCGGCGCUGUAGGAAACGCAGACUGCAAAAUAUGCGAAGAAGACGGAUGUAAUUCCGAAGACGAAGAAACUUUUUACCUUCCAAACAACAUCUCUACCUUAAAAACGACAACGUUUCCGCGUUUAAAAGUAGUAACAACAGCGAGUACCCACAGCUGUUGCAGCUGUUUGAAAACUGAUUACAGCACAUGUUUAUUUUUUAUUGUGUUGUAUUAUUAUUCGCUACAUUAUGGAUAAUGUGUUUUGAGAUAAAAUAAACAAGUUUGUUGUCAAUA